GUGAGGCUGCUGUAUCCGUAUUUAAAGGCGCCAACAAAGCGGGACUGAACUGAAGAAGCAGAAAUCUGCCAUCUUCUCCUCUUCUGAGUGAAAUUGAGCCGCGUGCACAGCUCAAGUUGUCGACUAAAGCUUGCGUUGGUAUUUCAGCCUCUAUCAAACAUGCCAGAAGAAACGGCCACCGCUUCAGCCGCCGAGAGUAUGGAAGAGAAACCCUGCUCGUCCAGUGCAGCUGACAGCUCUGUAGAUGUGGCUGAGGAAGCGAAGAAGCUGAUUGGCACGGGAAACAGGCACCUGGUCAUGGGUGACGUUGUGUCUGCAGUCAGUGUGUUCCAGGAGGCCUGUGCCAUGCUAGCUGAAAAAUAUGGUGAUACUGCUGAUGAAUGCGGAGAGGCAUUUUUCUUAUGUGGGAAGUCCUUGCUGGAGCUUGCCAGGAUGGAGAACACAGUCUUGGGUAAUGCUUUGGAAGGAGUCCCUGAGGAAUCAGAGGAGGGCGAGAAGCAGAAUGAUUCCAAGAUUGAGAGUGCAGAUAACUUGGAUGAAAAAACCAGAGAUGAGCUCCGUGAACAGGUUUAUGAUGCCAUGUCGGAGGACAAGAGGGACUCUGAGGGAGAGGUAAAGAAAGAGGAGCAAGAGGUAAAAGACACAGGGGAUGUGCAAGCACAGAAGCAAGACAGUACAGAUUCUUGUGUCAAAAAUGAGAAGACUGAAUCGUCCCUUAAAAAGGGAGAGACAACUACAGAGUCUCCACUCAAAAGUGAACAGAAGGCUAAUGAAAAAGAUACGACUAUGGCAUCUCCAGGCAAAAGUGAACAGAAGGCUAACGAAAAGGAAGAUACGACUAUGGCGUCUCCAGUCAAAAGUGAACAGAAGGCUAAUGAAAAGGAAGAGACAACUGCGAAGUCUCCAGUCAAAAGUGAACAGAAGGCAGCUGAAAAUGGAGAGAUGACUACAGAGUGUUCUGUCAAAAGUGAUGAGAAAAGUGAAAAUGGAGAGAAGACCAUGGAGGUAGAGGAAGGAACUGCUGCCUCAAAACAGGGGGGAGCUGCUGCGGAUCAAGCUGAAAAGGAUGCAGACCAAGAUGUGAAGAGCACAGAACAAAAGGGGGAUGAAGAAAAAACAGAGCCUAUGGAGGAAGAGGGUGGAGGUAGAAAUAAUGGGCAUGCAGGGCAGCACUGGGAACAAGGGCGGGAAGUUUUUUCCUCACUUGAUGACAAAGAGGAGGAGGAGGAGGACGAGGAGGAUGAUGAAGGGGAGGGCGAAGAUGAAGACAAGGAGAGUGAAGAGGAUGAAGUUGGUAAUCUCCAGUUAGCAUGGGAGAUGCUAGAGGUGGCUAAAGUUAUUUAUAAAAGGAAGGAGAGCAAAGAGGACCAGUUAAUGGCAGCACAGAUCUUCUUGAAACUUGGAGAAGUUGGUGCUGAAUCUGGUAACUACACCCAAGCCCUGGAUGACUUCCAGGAGUGCUUGGCCAUACAGCUGAAGCACUUGCCCGCUCAUAGUCGUCUGCUGGCAGAAACUCAUUACCAGCUGGGCACAACUUUUAGCUACACUGCUCAGUAUAGCCAGGCCAUCGAGCACUUCAACAACUCCAUCAAAGUCAUUGAGAGCCGCUUGGCCAUGCUUCAGGAAGCGAUAGACAAAGCAGAAGGGGCUGAGGAAGCAAAGGAGGAAAAAAGUGAGCUAGAGGAACUGAAGCAGCUGCUGCCAGAGAUUGCUGAGAAAAUAGAAGAUGCAAAGGAAAGCCAGAAAACAGCAGCUGCAGCAUCAGAAGCCAUUCAUCAGACCCUGGGAGGGGCAUCUACAUCGUCUGCAUUCCCAGCUGAAAAUGGUGGCCCAUCUUCAUCUACAGCCAGCCAGAUUGCUGUUAAGCCAUCUGAUGGUGCAUCAUCUUCAAAAGCUGCAUCAGAUAUUUCUCAUCUAGUCCGUAAGAAGAGGAAACCAGAAGAGGAGAGCCCAAAAAAGGACAGUGAUGCUAAAAAGGUCAAACAGGAGACUGCAGUUAAUGGCAGCGGCGACUCUGCCAGCAACAGCAAUGGAGUCCAGGAGAAAAUGGAGCAGGAGCCUGUGAAUUCCUCUUCCUCGGUGGAAACCUCAGCGUGAUGGGACUCCUGGCUGACCACUGAUCUUCCAACCAGCACAGCAUGCCUGCCUCAAGUCUCUCCAUAAACAGCUUUUUGUUUUGUAAAUAAGACAUUUACCUUUUCUGUGUCUGUCCAAUUUUUGUAUUAUUGUAGUAAAGUUUCAAUAAAGGGUAUUUGCAUAUGUCAGCUUGUCUUAAA